UUUAACCGCUUCUGUAAGUCCUUUUUUUACCUUUCUACUAAAAUUUAAGGUGAUGUUAUUUGUCUAAUAAUGAUUUUCACCAAUUAUGUUAUCCAAAGAGUUUUUUAAAGCUAAUUACUAAAAGCUUUAUCUUAACCUUUAGAGGCUGAUAGCAACUCCAGUUCUGUCCAUUUUUAUUGCUUUCCUGUUAGCCUUGAUUCUUGAUAAUGUCUGUUCCAUGUUUUCUCAAAUGACCAGAAGCAGUUACUAGUUGAAAACUGAAUAGCCAAGUACUUAGUAUCGUUCUGGGUUGAUUAUAUUCACUCUGAAGCAGUUUUACCAAGUGAAGCUUAGUCUGCAUGUUGGUGCCUAAUGCUAGAUUUCUGUCCUAGCAAAUCUUUUUAGGUAACGAACUGAAAGAUAAAGAGUGCAUAGCAGGACUGCUAUCACAUGCAAAUACUUCAACAUGUGACUAAUUGUUUUUCUGGAGCAGUGUGUACUUACUUGUUUUGGAUAGUAGCACAAAACCCCAAACAUUUUGUUAAUCAUAUCCUCUAACUUAUGUGCAGCUCAUGAAUGUGACUCUGGCUAGAAACCUGGUUAAUAUCUUUUUGUUGUUGGAUUUUGGCACACCUUCUUUAAUUCUUUAAUUGCUUUCCUUUGGAUAUUUAUAACAAUUUAAAUACUCUCACGAGAUGGAAGAUGGAAAAAAAAAAAGCAGUUGUAAAAGCACCUAAAAUAAACUCUAAUUAUAUUCUUUAAGUGUUUGGAAAUGAUUGGACCAUGGUGGUUAGUCCUGAGUCAUCAAGUGGUUUUGUAGUGAAAAAUGCAGAGUGCUUCAAGUUUUUGGGUGUUUUGUUUUUUUUUUUUUCCUCUAUAAAUUGUAAGAGUUAGGUGUAACUUAAUCAUAUGAACUAAAUCUGUUUUGUAGUAACUCUAGAAUAAAAAGUAUCUCUCCUAUUUUAAAGUAGCUUAUUGGUACAGCGUCUUCAGUUUGAUUCCAAGUAGGACUGGUGCUGUGACUUAAUUGCAUAUAAACCAACUUUACUACUAUUCCUGCUGUAAGAUAAUAACUCUUUUCUUUGUCCAGAUUUGUUUGUGACUUGAUGCAUAAGCCUAAUUGCACCUGCAGUCUCAGUAGUCUACAUCAGUAGCUUUGCUUUUGCUUUGGAUUUUUCUAGCUGUCGAUCAGGAUAAAUGGGAGAGUGUUUCCCUGUUUUGUGUGAGCCCCUGCACCUCUGCUCAGUGUUUGGGGCUGUGGGGAGGAGUGGCAGCUGCAGUAUUGUAGCUGCAUCAUGUUUUCCAUAUUAGCAAGUUUGACUUGAGCCUGCAAGAAGAAAGGCCUGUUGCUACACAGACUUAAUUUCUUUGAGUCAAGGACACAUACUGCUCUUAAGACAAUUCAGCUUUUUCCUUUGCAUUUUGGAUGCUGCUUUUGUGUUCUGACCAAAUUCAUACAUUGAAGGUACAUGCUAAUUUUUGUUUCAUUUUGUUUUAUAGCUGCUAUUUGGUGUCAGAACAGUUUAACAAAAUAUUUAGAAUUCUAAAAUUAUACCAAGUCUUGACAUCCAAAGGCUCCAGUGAGGGCUGAACAUCCGUCCACGUAGUUCAACGACUGGCACAAAGUGAAUGUAAUAAUCAGAUUCUUGCAAAUCUGCUCCCUGGAGUAGGUGUUCUCCUUGGUGUGUGUCUGUGCAAACAGAAUUCUUGUCAGCACAUGCCCCUCCUAGGGGUGGUAUAGGCUGUGGACACAAGACUCAAGUACCUUAUAUUAAAAUAAACAAACAAAAACCCAACAAAUUAAUCUAUAAAUUAAAAACAUAGAGUGUGGAAUCUCUAGUCAUGCCUGCAAGUCAAGCAAGCUGCUGUGGAGCAUUGGUCUUGUGUAUUGAGUGAAUAAAGAGAUGGGCUUUUGGGGACAGUGAUGCAUCUUCAGAGAUGUACUGGUAUGAUUUUAGUUCUCUAUCUCUUAACAUGUAUUUAUUGGACAGUGUGGUGUUUUAAUGUGGCUCUGUGAGCACCAGGAUAGCGAGUCUGAAACCUUUCAGAACAGAUAUUAUCUAAGACUUGCCAGUGUUAAGCCUUUAAUGCUAAAGGGAUUGACUGACAAGUUAAAGAAAUGCAAGUUUGCUUCAUCCAGUUCUAGUGACGUAUCUUGGACAAAAAGCAAUGUUUCAGAAGGCAGAGAUACCCUUUGUAUUAAAAGUGAUUACCUUCUCCCCCCAAGGAGAUGUAGUCUUGAAUGCUUUUCCUCUCCUCCUUUGGGCAGAGAAGGAAGAAAGGAAUGUGAUGUGGGUGACUAUCAAAAGAGAAGCAAUGAAGUUAGCUGAAGUAUGCAAGUGUAUUUACACUUUUAAUUUAAUGUGUGUGCUGAAUUGCCAACUGGUGAGAAGAUGCCAUUUUGCUGGUUGAACUGAAGUGACAAGAGGGUGGUUGAUUCUCUACGAUCACUUUCUGUUGUCUUGUGUGCAGGCUAAUGUGCUUUAUGCUGUCAGUGACCUGUAUUAAUCUGUAAGCUGCCCCCUUUAAAAACAAAAUGGAAAAAAAACACCACGACAAAAAACCACAAGCAACCACCACAACCUGCUAAAAAAGCCAGCCAAACAAACAGAAACCUAAAAAUCCAAACCACCAAAACCCCAAAGAGGUUCUGUUGAUGAUACUCAAAAGAUUCAGCCAAGUCCUUUGUCAGAAGACUGUCCAGUCUCUUGGUGACGUGCCUGAAGCAAUUGCUGGAAGCUCAAGGUGACUAGUAAGUGGGAAGUGGUGCAAAUAAAUGUAAUUACUUCAACAUGCAAGUAAUGAAACAGUUGAAUUCUUCAUGUCUAAGUUUUAAAGCUUUUCUGAAGGUAUUAGACUACACAGAGCAUUGUAGAUCAGGGGUGGAUGGACACGUAAUGAUUCAUGAUGUUCAGGCACCAAAGUAUCUAAUAAUUCCUUCUGGUUUUCAAAGAUCAGUGGGUUGAUGAAAUCAUUCCAUCUUUACAGUUUGGUCAGUGUAGUAGACAAGGAAAAUGGUGUGGGCUCAGUCUCUUUUCUGCACCAUUCUUCCUCAGUGUCAAGAGACUGAGAAGAGGAGAAGGGACCAUCAUUCCUUAGGAUCCUGCAAGUCCUCUAAGGAAUCUGAAGGCGGUGGAUCUGGGAAGGGCUGUCAGCAAGCUUCAAUGCCUGUUCAGGAUGUUCCAGUACUGAAGAGAGAAGAAAAGAUACAAGGAAAAAAAAAGAGAAGGAAAAAAACCCAACCCUCAAUUCCCUAACCACCAAAAAAACCACCAGCAAAAACUUCUGGUGUCAAAUACCUGUACUGAAUGUGAGUCGAAUGAUCAGCAGUGAAACUGCCCUGCCACUGAGACCAUGACAUGUUCGUCUUAAUCUCUGGUGCAAAAUCAGUCUGUUCCUGCUUCUGGUGGAACUUGAAGGGGAGGAAUCUGUGUCCUCCUCUCCACCUUGGGAAGUCUUCAGUCAUUCCUUUUUCUGUUGUGGAAGUGAAGGCUGGAUCCCAUGGUUUCUGUGGUGGUUCUGGCACCUCUGCAGGUUAUCAGGUAUCUUGACCAGCCAUGAUCUGUACCAGUCCUUUGUGGAAAGUGCACUGUCAAAUUCUUCAAAUGCCCCAUAGCAUUUGUGUGCCAUGGGGCCAUUGGUUAAAUCAAGCUGAUAAAGUCAGCAGAAGGGGAAAUGAAAAUCAAUCGGCUUUUUCAGAGGGAAAAAUUAAAUCUUGGCUUAUUAAGUGGUGUGGGAAGGUCUUAAACACCAGCUGUGCUCCAGCACUGCUAUGGGCAGCUUGCACAUUCUUCACCUCAGGCUUUGUCAGGCCUGUUCCCAAGGUCUAAAGACUGUCAAGAAAGUGAAGCCACCAGGACUGCUCAGGCCUGAAUGCCUACACCAUGGCCUCCUCCAGCGGUCUCCAGGUACCACAGGCAUCCACCAACAUAUCUCCAUUUCAGAGCCUGGGGCCUUUUUCCUUUUGCCCAGAAGGACUUCAGCAAGCUUUCUAUCUUCUGCUACUGACUGGCUUGUCUGCAGUCUCCUCUUCUCAGGGAAUCCUUGCAGAUGUUGUCAGGGUCCCAGGCAGAGCCAGCUACUAUCCUCCUAAGAGUGUCUUGAGAGUCACUUUCUCAUGAUUAUCUCAAGAUCCAAGAUAACCUCAUUUUGAAGGAAAGACUCGGGUAUCUUGGAAUUGAAUCCAUGUGGCUAUGCCCAAUAAAAAGCAUUUUGAUUGCCAGUUGGGAAUUUCUUAGAGAGGAGCCUUUCAGAAGGUGUGUUGGACAGUAGGACCUGUUUCAAAGUCUUUUUGUAGAUAGUCCCCUGCCUUAUGGUUGCUUCUGCAGCAGUGAGGCAGGGUGGGGGUUUUAAAUCACUCCUGAAUGAUAAAGUAGAAAACUGAUGCCUAAGAGCUGCUGGUGUCCUGUGACUUGUGAGUUCUAUCAGAUGCUCUGCUGGCUCUUUUCAGCCUCUGCUUCAAGAUCAUUUUGGUUUGGAGAUGCACUUUCCACUACUGUAAAGGAAAUAACACACCAAAAUACAGCAGCCAGCGUUCAUUAGCUUUCAUUUUAGUGGUGGAUUCUGCUAGACAAAAGCUGUCCUAAACGUAGGAGAUGAGUUUGUUUUCAGUUGUGCCUUAUGUUACUACAGACCUUGGUGAUGAGCUGAAAUUUCUGGCUGUUUUUGACAGUGGUGACUGUUUAGCUGUAAAUAAGUGGAAACAGAAUCAUGCUGCCUGUGGCAUAGGUAAGAUAUUUAGCACAUUAGUGUUUGACUGAGGCUAAAAUGUGUGUCUUAAGAUGUGAUUCUUUCCUUCCAGGUAUGUGUUUUGAUUUACUCAACUUUCGAGCUGAUGUUAAGUAGAAGUUUACUGGCAUCUGCUUUUCUUCCUUGUUCAAACGGGACAUUUCAGUGAGAGCAGAGAUGCUCCUUGGUCCAGUCCCUUAAUUCAAACAUGCUGUAACUUUGCAGAAUAUAGAAGUCAUUGAAGAUCCUUUAAACAUUACUUUGAAAAAUGAAGGACAAGCUAUCUGUUUCAGUCUUAUCCAACCAUUCUGUAUUUUCAUUUGUGUUGUUACGAUAGUCCCAUUGCACUUUGUUCUCUUUUGGUAACGUUUUCUUUGAUGAGAAGGAGUGGGAAAUGUUGAACUCUGUGGUUGUCUGUCAUGCAACUACCACUAUAGCGUGCCAACUAAGUAUUAGUUUAACACUGUCCCAUUGUCAGUUCACCUUUUGUUAUGAAUUUGUGUGUAGAAACGGAUCCUGUUACCUUCCAUGUUCUUGUCAGAUAAUGGCACUGCCUGGCUGUGCAGCAUAAAGACAAAUCUGAUUUCUGCUCUGCGCCAAUCAUUAGAAGCUGAGUUAAAUCACAGAAUUGAUAUGCUUUUUAAGAUGACAUUUUAAAAGCUGUUGCAGUCUCUCUCAAACUUUAUGGAAAGAUUAUUAUUAAAAUAAGUUGCUCGGUAUUCCCUUUGACAUGCAAUUCAACAAUACACUUUCUGCAGGUAGCACUGAUUUCAAGUGGUAGUGUCACAGUAAGAAUUCAAUGAAGGCUGCAUUCAAUCUUCAGUUAAAGCCAUUGUGCCCAGCUAUUCCAUUAUAUGCAUGUGACACAAGCAAGGAUUUGGCACAGACAUCCUAUUUCAUGGCUACCAACAGCCUUCACCUUACUACGUUCUGUCUUCAGUACAAGCCGACAGUGAUAGCAUGUGUGUGCAUCCACUUGGCCUGCAAGUGGUCCAACUGGGAGAUACCAGUAUCGACUGAUGGAAAACACUGGUGGGAAUAUGUAGAUCCUUCAGUUACUCUAGAAUUACUAGAUGAGCUAACUCACGAGUUUCUGCAGAUACUGGAGAAAACGCCUAGCAGGCUCAAGAGAAUUAGAAACUGGCGGGCUAAUCAGGCUGCUAAGAAACCUAAAGGUGAUGGCCAGGUAUCCGAGAACUCGCUUCUUGGCUCGUCUCUGGUCCAGAACUCCAUUUUGGUGGAUACAGUUACCGGUGUGGCCGCAAACGCGAGUUUCCAAAAGCCAUCGACGUCGUUUCCUGCGCCGGUACCGCUGACCUCAGGAAGCAUUUCUGUUCCAGACAGUCACGCACCCGAAAAUUUGGCAAUAUUAGCUACAGGAAUGCCAAGUACCUCAUAUAGUUUGGCAUCACACCAGGAAUGGCCUCAGCAUCAAGAACAAACAAGGACAGAACAAAUAUACUCUCAGAAACAGGAGGCGUUACCUGCGAGCCAGUACAACAUGAACUUCCAGCCGGGGACGUCCGUGCAGCUGCACUCGGGAGUACAUCACAGACCUGACAAACUCGCCGAGCACUCUGCUGGCAAACAAGAGUAUUCUCAUAAGUCGGGGAACAAACACCACGGACAAGUCGCUGCUCCUGUAAUAAUCCCUCAGAAAAUGUCUUUGGAUAAGUACAGAGAGAAGCGCAAGCUAGAAACCCUCGAACUGGACGUGAGAGAACACUACGUAGCGACCCCGGGUGAGCAGCAGCAUAAAAAGCACGUGCAGCCACAGACGGGCGGCAGCUCUUCCGUCACAUCUCCCAUUAAAAUGAAGCUCCCCGUCGCGAACGCGGAGAAGCCCGAAAAGCACCUGUCUGAUAAGAAAGAGAAAGGCGGCUCGCUCAAGCUCCGCAUCCCCAUCCCACCCACGGAGAAGGGUGCCAGCAAGGAGGAGCUCAAGAUGAAAAUCAAAGUGUCUUCCUCGGAAAGGCACAGCUCGUCGGACGAGAGCAGCGGCAAAAGCAAACACUCGAGCCCCCACGUCAGCAAAGAGCAUAAGGAGAAACACAAAGAGCACUCGUUCAACCGCCACCACGGCGUCGGGCACAAGCACUCGCACGGCGGCGGGAAGCACGGCACCGAGGGCCCGGCGCCGCCCGCCCUCAGGAGCCCCGCCGGCCUGGGCAGCGAGGGCAGCGCCUCUGCCUCCGCCUCCUCCAGGAAGAAGUUGCACAGCAACGAUGCCUCUCACAACCACCACUCCAAAAUGAGCAAAAGUUCCAAAAGUUCAGGUAGUUCAUCUAGUUCUUCCUCUGUUAAGCAGUAUGUAUCCUCUCACAGCUCUGUUUUUAACCUUCCCUUACCCCCUCCUCCCCCUGUCACAUACCAGGUGGGCUACGGACAUCUCAGCACCCUCGUGAAACUGGACAAGAAACCAGUGGAGAACGGUCCUGAUGCCAAUCACCAGUACAGUACAAACAGCCAGCAUAUGGACUACAAAGAUACAUUCGACAUGCUGGAUUCGCUGUUAAGUGCCCAAGGAAUGAACAUGUAGUCAAAUCUUAGGUUGUUUUUCUUUACUUUUUGGGGGUUUUUUUUAAUUUAAGAAUUGCUAGGAUGGAAAACUUCCUACUAGAGCAGCAGCAACACCAGCUGGUUGCUGCCGUGGUUUCGGUAUAUGUAAGUGCUGCUUUAUCCUUCACUCUGAAAAGAAGAGGUAUAGUAACCAAGUCUUUAUCUCCACAUACGAUAGUGUUAUAAAUACUGUACUAGCAUGGAAGGUGCAAAACAAUCUCAGUAUUUCUACAACUGCAGCUAAGAGCAGUAGAAUGAACGUCCGCUUCUAGGUGUGUAGGGCGCCUCCAGCAUUGAUUAUUUAUGAGUUUGAAUCCUGCAGCCACGACUCUCUCUCUUUUCUUUUGUUGCCUAGUUUCUGGAUGAGUGUAAUUGUUUCCUCGUGUAUUUAUACUGUAUGUAUGAUUUGCAUGUUUCGAAGAGAAAGGGAUGAAAAACAGUAUGCUGACAACUGUUUACAAGAAAGUGGAGAAAAAUGUACAUACAUUUUUGUAUGUUUAGAUAUAACCAUAAAUACUCAGGAUUGGAGCUGCUUGUAAGUAUAACAAAAAAGAAAUACACAUAACUUUAUUUUAUCUUGCCAGAGUCCAUCAGUUACCCGAACACAGAUGGCACUUUGUCUUGUUUAUCUUUAAACUGUAGGCCUUAUUGGAAGCCGCUCAAAAGGGACGCUUGGCUAGAGAAGGCAUCCCGGGCCGGGUAGGGUCCCUGCUGACAGUAUUACCUGGGAGGCAGGAGGUGGGGGAGGCCUCUGCUCGCUCCUCAUGGCCACGCCUCGCACGUGUCCCUGAUUUUCUGAAGGAGAAAGGAACUGAAAUAAAAGUUUACAUAAUCUUUCCGAUGUGAAGUGCAUUUAAAUGUUUAUUGGCUUGAUGCAGUAAAAUAGACACAGAGCUGUUAAUAAUGGUUAUGUAGAUUAACGUGACUGAACUGCAAUUCAGAACUGUCAGCGUGGGGGAAAAAAAUCAUCAUUUUUUAAAAGAAAGUCAUAAUUUAUUUUAAUAGCAAACAGGGGUCGCUGUUUCCAGCACCAUUUCAGAACAACACCCACGCUCUGGAGCCCAAAAAGUGUACUUGUGUGUGAUGCCAUAUUGCUUUUACAGGUGAAUGCAGUCUUCACAGUAAAUAAGAAUAAAACUAUCGGUAACCCAACUUUAUAUUCCAACAAUAAAACAGUUAUCAUUGAUUCUGUGCAUUGUACUUGUCAUCAGUUACCAAACUGGAAGGUACUUGUUCUGUUUUUCCAGCUCUGUGGGGGUUAAAACCAAACCAGUCUGCCAGUUAAGCCACUAGCAUGGGUUUUGCCUGCGAGCCAGCCUCAGUGAGAGAGCUGGUGCGCUCCUCCAGGGACGUUUGCUCUUCAGGAGUGACUUCAGAAGGCGUCAGUGUCCUCGCGUGCUCAAAGCCAAUUCCGCAGCAGCGGCCGGCCGGACGGCGCUGAACUGACUCUCUGGGUUGUGACUCAAACUUACUCAUAAGCUCUGAAGUACCUCAGCACAAACUUGGCUACGGUAGCAACAGCCAGUUUUCAGUGACUUGACUUGGAAGGGAACAUGAUGUGAAGUAACCUUUUGCCAAGCCGCCUCCUCCCCUCGGUGCUCGUGUACUCUCUACGUCUCUGACGUUACGUCUGGAGCUCGGCCCCUUCCCUCCUUCCUCACGUGUGCUUGAAACGAUGAAAGUGUUCAAGAUCUCUGCCCGGUCGGUAGUUGCUGUGUCAGGUAACUACAGGUAUAUCAAUUACUAUGUAAUACUCUGUUUCCAGUAAUGCAAACGCUUGUAAUUACUUGAAUAAGUUUUAUUUGAACUAUGGAUGCAUUUUUUUUACACGUAAGAAAUAUGUAAAUGGAAACCUGGUUGCGUUUUCUGCUGAGUCUGAGCUUAAACCUUGGCCCAUGUACAGACCCCAAAGCUGUCUCCCUCCUAUCGACUCGGUUAUUUUUCUAUGUUUGCAAUGUAACUUCUUGUUACCUACUUCUGCGUUGUGGAAUAUUUUCUAUCCUUUUAUAGCCUGUUUCCUUUCAACCUCGGCACUGCUCUUGGCUCUGAUUUUUAACAAAUGUCAUCCGUGUUAGACGCUGUCCUGAACCAUAGUGUGGGCAGGCAGAUGAAAUAGCAGUGAAUUGUCUUAAUUUGUCUUCGAAGCACUACAGUACUUUCUUUUCUUGAGUCUGUUUAAAUAGUCGUGCCAUGAAAUGCAUCUUUAGACGGCCACUUUGGAUAAGCAAUAUAUUGUACUGUAAAUAGAGCGAUCCCAGUUCAACUGUCUGCCUGGUAACUAGUGCCUGUCUGCUAUGGAUGGGAGAGGAGCGUAGGGUCCUCAUCAUUAAGGUGCUGUUUCAAAAGAAAUCUUUCCUGUGGCGAUUGCAGGAAACUGUGACUUGUUGUGGACUAAAAGUUGCUAUGCUGCAUUGAGAGGCAAACAGGGGUUUACGGUGUCUCUGUACGGGGUGUCCGUGAGACUCGCUGGGUCGGGGUUUCAAUGUGACUGCAAACACGUGGAACUGUCUGUGUCUGAAAUGAAGUUCAAGGCUGGGAUAGUAGGGCUGUGAGGAGGGAGAGAGGAUGUGCAACACCUGCCACUGGUUCUCCCUGCCUGACCCCACUGGGAACUGGUGAACUGUGUGUGAAUCGCAGCCCUGGCCCAGGGGUUGGAUCCGAUGACAAUGACUGGGCCUGGCGCCGGCCUCGCAAGCCAGUGACUGAAUAACUGCACUCAGAGGCUCACGGACAACACCACUGCUCUCCUCAUCACUUUGAUUACAGAUGCCGUGGCUGUCGGUUGGAACACAUGCAGUGUGUAACUUGUAAAAGGGUGCUGUAGUGAGACCUUGCUUGGACUCUCCCCUGUGUGUGAGCUAGGAGGCUGUAGGGUAGUGAGAUUCUUGGGUAUGUUGCAUCUCGCUGGGUUCCUGAGGGUGGGAGUGCUGAAGUCGUGUAUCUCACUGUGACCUGGUACUUGGCUAUUUGCAUACAAUGGCAGUUCUGUACAUUCUUUUGGCUAACUGUAAAUAGAAAUGUUUCAUAUUAGCAUAGUUGGAUUUUUGAGGUACAGCCAUUUGUGUGAGAUUAGAAAGAGAAAAAAACCAACAACUUUAUUUCUAAGAACUUGUAAAAACAAACGUUUUUCAAUAAAAUUCCCUACCUCACCUCUAUUGUGCAGAAACG